UCCGCCUCCCCCGCUCGCCGCCCGCCGCCGCCCGGCGCCUCCAUCCUGGUACUUGGGAGUCUCCAUCCUGGUUUCUCAAGUGCCCGGACCCAAAACAGGAAGUUUGAGUAUGAGCACAGUUGAAGAAGAGUCUGACACAGUGACAGUAGAAACCGUGAACUCUGUGACUUUGACUCAGGAUACUGAAGGGAACCUAAUUCUUCAUUGCCCUCAAAAUGAAGCUGAUGAAGUAGACUCUGAAGACAGCUCUGAACCUCCACACAAGAGGCUUUGCUUAUCAGAGGAUGAUCAAAGCCUUGAUGAUUCUACUCCAUGCAUUUCUGUUGUUGCAGUUCCAAUUUCAGAAAAUGAUCAGAGCUUUGAGGUGACCAUGACUGCUACCACUGAGGUAGCUGAAGAUGAGAUUAAUGAAGGAACUGUUACCCAGAUUCAGAUUCUUCAGAAUGAACAGUUGGAUGAAAUCUCCCCACUGGGCAAUGAAGAAGUAUCAGCUGUUAGUCAAGCCUGGUUCACAACCAAAGAGGAUAAGGAUUCUCUAACCAAUAAAGGCCACAAGUGGAAGCAAGGGAUGUGGUCAAAGGAAGAAAUUGACAUUUUGAUGAGUAACAUUGAGCGUUAUUUAAAGGCCCGUGGAAUAAAAGAUGCCACUGAAAUUAUAUUUGAAAUGUCAAAAGAUGAAAGGAAAGAUUUCUACAGGACAAUAGCUUGGGGUCUGAAUCGGCCUCUCUUUGCUGUCUAUAGAAGAGUUCUUCGCAUGUAUGAUGACAGAAACCAUGUUGGAAAGUAUACUCCUGAGGAAAUUGAAAAGCUUAAAGAGCUGAGAGUAAAGCAUGGCAAUGAUUGGGCCACAAUAGGAGCUGCCCUGGGGAGAAGUGCUUCAUCUGUAAAGGAUAGAUGUAGACUGAUGAAGGAUACCUGCAACACAGGAAAGUGGACGGAGAAAGAAGAAAAAAGACUGGCAGAAGUAGUGCAUGAGCUGACAAGCACAGAGCCAGGUGACAUUGUCACACAGGGCGUGUCGUGGGCUGCUGUGGCAGAACGGGUCGGGACGCGCUCGGAGAAGCAGUGCCGCUCUAAAUGGCUCAACUAUCUCAACUGGAAACAGAGUGGGGGCACCGAGUGGACCAAGGAGGAUGAAAUAAAUCUGAUCUUGAGGAUAGCGGAACUUGAAGUUUCUGAUGAAAAUGACAUCAAUUGGGAUUUACUGGCUGAAGGAUGGAGUAGUGUCCGCUCCCCACAGUGGCUUCGGAGUAAAUGGUGGACCAUUAAAAGGCAGAUCGCAAACCACAAAGAUGUUUCAUUCCCUGUGCUGAUAAAGGGACUUAAACAGCUCCACGAGAACCAAAAGAACAAUCCAGGGCACCAGCUUCCAGAGAACAAAUGUGGCAGUGGCCUAGCAAGCACUACCUCCAGCUCGGGGGUGCAGCACGUGCAGAUCCGGGUGGCUCGCUUGGAGGAGAGCACGGGCAGUGCCCCGAGCCCUGUGGCAGCUCUGCAGAUCCCAGUGCAGAUCACCCACGUCUCCUCAACUGAUUCCCCUGCUGCUACUGUUGACUCUGAGACAAUAACACUGAACAGUGGAACACUACAGACCUUUGAGAUUCUUCCAUCUUUCCACCUGCAGCCAACUGGGACGCCAGGUACCUACUUACUGCAGACCAGCUCGAGCCAAGGGCUCCCUUUAACGCUGACAACGAGUCCCUCCAUGACCCUGGCGGCCUCGGCUGCUCCGGCCUCCCCGGAGCAGAUCAUCGUUCACGCCUUAUCUCCAGAGCAUUUGUUAAACACAAGUGACAACGUCACAGUGCAGUGCCACACGCCGAGUGUCAUAAUCCGCACCGUUGCUGCCGAAGACAUCUCCUCCUCUGUCGCCCAGACAGAACUGACUGUGGAUUCAGACAUUCAGUCAGCUGACCUGACAGAGCCUCCAGACACCCUAGGAGCAAAUACUUUCCCUCAUGAUAUCCAUCAGUCCAAGCUGAGUGACGAAGAGCAGUCAGCCUACAACGAAGAUGAUGCUUCCAAAUUUAGCAGCAGGAAUAGUAGAGAACUGAUGGAUGGAGUUAUGGUAAGAACAGAGGAGGAGAUUGCUGAUGCUAGCCUGAAACAGAAUGAGGAUUCUCACUCUGAUUUGCCCAGCACUUAUGUUACUGAGGACCUGGGUUCCCCAACAAUAGAAGAGCAAGUUGAUCAGCCUGCAAUAGACGAUGAGACUGUGCUUAUUGUUCCUUCUUCCCAUGGUUUUAUCCAGGCAACGGAUGAUAUAGAUAGUGAAUCAGUCCUGCCCUUGACAACUCUCACAGAUCCUAUCCUGCAACAUCAUGGAGAUGGGUCACACAUUAUUGGCUCAUCGUUGGGCAGUCCUGACUCGGAAGAUUCGAAGGAUGUUGAGGAUUUAGUGAGCUGUCACUGAGAAGCAGCAAUGGUGUCCAUUUUCUAUUGACCAUGUUUGCAUUGUGAAAUUAGUUACAACCCUGUGCCACAUUUCCAAAGAAAGCAGUCACAGUGUGUCUCUUUGAACAGAAGCCUCCAGUGUGAAGUGACUACUGUGCACUUUCUGUGCUCAGGCUGUUUCCCUCGUGCAGGGAGGACUGAGCCGCCAGCCGAGGCCUGAGGUGCCGCGUCUCACCGGGCUGUUCCAGCGUCCUGAGGAGCCUCUUGCAGUGCUCACAGUGCUCGGAUCCAUCCAGUCAGUUCUGAUCUGACUUGUUACUGAUGUGCUGAACUGCACACAUGGAAAACUGGACAGAAGUCAAGGAUUGUGGACCUCUUAGUGCCGCAGCAAGUAUUAGUUUGCACAGGUUUCAUGAAGAAUGGGUGAGGAUUUUUGCACUUACUGACUCUUGUAAUACGUGGAGUGAGAGACUGUUACAUUUCAGGAAGGAGUGAGUUCCAUCAAAGACUUCAGUGAGCAUGGGCUGCAUCAUGAAGCAGUGGUGUGUAUUCCUAUCUCACCUGACUCCUUAGUAUGUCUGUGGCAUAGGAAGAAGGCAGAAGCUUUUGGGACUUGCCUGGUCUGCUUGUGCCUGAGGAAUCCAUUGCUGGCAAUGGACAGAGCUCAGAAAGAUCACUUGUGGAAAAUCUCUUGUUUGGUUUUUUUAUUUCUUUUAUCUCAUCACUACAGCAAGCUGAAUAAAAAGGGAAGGGCUAUGAGAAAGGGAAGUUACUGGGACCCACCAGCCUCUCCCCACAAGCUUGGAAUUUCUUUGAGGUUGUUGUGAGUAGGUUGGAGCGUUUGUCUCUCUCGCUGUUUACCUGACACUACCAGCCACCUCUCCAGACGUGAUUUCUGCAGCGAAUUAGUAAAUAGGGAGCGGUGUGAAGGUGGCAAAGUCUUGGAGGAAUAGCUCUGUGAGAGUCUGGACAUAGGGCCCCGAGGCAAAAGAGGCCAAUUAAUUCCUCCAUCGUUUGAAACAGACACUUGGCUGAACAGCAGCCUGUUAGCUAGGAAUAAAGAGAAAAAGCUAUAGAAACUAAAGACUUGUAUAAAUUAUUUUAUUUAUUUCUGUAAUUAGCUCUUCAUAAUCAAGAGUUGGUCUUUUUCAGUCUGUGGUUUUGUUAAUGUGAAAAAUAAGUUGUAGUUUUAAAUGGUUGCCUAGGGAACAGAAAUAAUUGUAUAUUCAGUUUCAACAAAUUAAAGAGUAUUUGUCUUA